UGACUGCAAUAAAUAUUCUGUUAUCAGCAGAUGACGUAAUUUACGAAAUAUUUUUAUAUAUUUUACUUGAAGAAAAAAAAGAAGUUUUCAGAUAAACUAUCACGCAGGGACAUUUUAAAAGUGAUAUUAGCUGAAUAAAAUUAAGGACUGUGAGUCUGGAAGAGAAAACUCUAGAAGUAUGUCCAGCAAGCUGAAAAUUGCUCUCGUGAUGAGUUCCACUCGCGAGGGCCGACUUAACGACCAGGUCGCUAGAUUUGUAGAGCACGCUAUAAAGAAGAACCAUAAGGUAGAAGUUAUUGAUCCAGCUACAAUAGACUUUCCUCAAACUCAACAGUCUUUGAAUUUUAUGUUCAACCCGACAGCAGUUCCUGAGAAUAUCAAAGAGCUAAACGACAAAAUGAAAGAGUUCGAUGCCUUUGUCAUUGUAUGUGCUGAAUAUAAUUUCAGUUUACCACCGCCACUAGCAAACCUGUUUGAUAACAUACCUCCUGCAUCUCUAGUGUGGAAACCAUGUGGUUUUGUCAACUAUGCAAUAGGUCCACUCGGAGGUUGUAGAGUUGGUGUGCACUUACGGACCUUCACUGGAGCUCUAGGAAUGAUUUCCGUGCCAAAUCAAAUGAGCAUCCCCCAUGCCCAUGAAAGAAUCAAUAAAGACGGAACAACGAAAGAUAAAAAACUGACAGAGGACCUGGACUUCCUUCUACAACAUGUCUACUGGGCGGCUUAUGCUUUGAAAAAUCAUAAAGUUAACGAAAAGCCCCCUCCUUGGGCACCGUUCUAAAACAGUUUCGUGAUAAGGAUUUCAAAACUAAACAACAUCAGUAAUGUUUAAUAUGUGUCACUAUUACAAACCAACAAACAUAUCACUGUUAACAAAAGGAGUUGAUUUGACUAUACAGAUGUUUUAAAUAUAUGCAAUGACGAUAUGAAUUUAGACAUAGAUUAAAAAUAUAUGUCGUGUUUUAAAAUG